GUGUGUGAAGUCCAUUCGUUAUAAUUUAGCUGAAACGUGAUGUUCUAUGAAUGUAUAUUUUGCUUUCUAUUCAUUUUAGAGUUUGAACUAUUUCAAAACAAGGUUGAAUGUUCACACGCAUUGGAACCCUUGGACAACAUAUUCACCAGUUUUGAGAGUGAUGUAAAGAGCCAUUAUGGAACCACAAUCAAACCCAUCUAUUACGAAAUAGACAGAGCCGAAUUACGGAAAUCUCGACCGCGGCGUAACAAGCAUAAGAAAAGUAAGAAAACAAAAAAGAAACCGCAUAAACAUGACCAAAAUGAAGCCAAAGCGAAGCGGAAAAACGAGAAGAAAAAAUUUGUGAGGAGAUUUGUAAAAGUUCGCGAUGAAUCAUUGUCUAAAUCGAGGGAGGUAGCGAAAGGGAAACCGGUGGAUAUUAUUGUGCAUAUUAAAAUGAAUGAAUGAUUUGUCAGAGCGUCUAAUUUAAUAUAGAUUUUGUUAAUUAUAUUUAAAUCACGCAUCCAAAAUUACUUUGGUUGUUUAUAAUAAUGUUAUCAACGCUCGGAAUUUACUAUAGAUUUAUGUUAUCCGUGGGAAUGAUUGCAUAGAGCUCAUACUGUGUUUUACUCUCUGCGCAACAUUAUUAGUUGGGCUCGAAACAUUUUUAAAGAUUCUUUAAUAAAG